AUGCUCGACUACGUUCUACUCAUCACCGCCAUCUCAAUAGUCCUCGCUCUCCUUUUAUACAUAUUCUCGUGGAACCGAAUCAUCGGUUAUCUUCUGAGUGUCGCCCUUCGGGUCGCUUGCUGGAACCAGGCUGGUGAUAGCAUAUGGGUUGAGAUCGGAUCCAUACAUUUCUCCCUCAUCGCUGGGAGAAUACUUCUGAAGGAUCUACGCUACUAUACUGGCAGCCAAACUAUUAAGGUCGUUAAGGGUCAAGUCACAUGGCGAUACUGGCUUCGUGCACCUGCCCUUGAGGAGGACAUGGUAUACGCAAGCGUGGGCGGUGAGCAGACUCGUAAUAGAUUCAACUCCCGUAGUCCAUGUCGCAUCCAUCUCUCUGUAGAGGGUUUUGAAUGGUUCCUCUACAAUAGAACGUCUGCCUAUGACAAUAUCAUCUCACAGAUGGAAGGACAAACCAACGACCGCUCGUCAUCAGAGUUUCAGGAGGCCAUGCGCUCUCAGAAGCCUUCAGACAACCCCACAGUCGAAACAGCAAUCCCUCCUUUACCCACUUCGGCCCUCUCCAGAAAGAUCACUCGGUGGAUGGGAAUUUUAGUGGACAGUGUUAGCAGGCAGCUUCCGGACCUAGACGCCAAGUCUCUUCUUCCCUUCAGUUUCGAAGCUUUGAAGGGCUCUAUCAUCUGUGGAAACUUUUCGACUCCGAAUGUCCUUGUGGUUGAGUUCCAACGUACAGAAGGCCUUUUUGGCCUUGUGCCGUCGAAGUCCACCUGCGACUAUUAUAAGCAGAUGAUGAACUUGAAGUUUGAGAACGUUUCUGUCAGCUUUGCAGAAAAUACCCGAUACAAGGAACCACAAUUAACCACCGGAACGAAGGUAGACGAGCGCAUAGACGCGACCAGCACCACUGCAACUCGCAAACCCAUUUCCCUUUCAUUCUAUCCCUUCCUCAAAUUAUGGCGAAUUGGAAAACUCAAGACCCUUUUCAACGAUUCAAAGGGUACCACUCGCUCGAAAGCUCAACACAUUCAUUCUCACCCCGGAUCGUUCUUCAGAAAGCAGCCUUCUCGAAGUAUGGACGACACCACUCUCGGCCCAGAAUCUGCUUCACUAGAGUAUGCAAUCGAACGCAAGGUCCUCGAAGCACCGCUCCUAGAACUCUCUUACUACUCCGAUGCUCCGGGCCCUGUUCCUCACAAUCAGGAGCAACGUGAGCCAGAUGGUUAUGAUAUUGGCAAUGGCGACACCAAUCCUGAGUGGGGCGUGGAUCUCGUCGUUCACGGAGGAUUUCUACGCUAUGGGCCUUGGGCGGAUCGUCAACGCGCUGAGCUCCAACGAUUAUUUUUUCCUUCGGCAUAUCGGAAUACGAAGACGACGUCCUAUUUAUCUCCUGGUGAUCGUCGCCUAUGGACUAUGCUGAAAGUCUUCGUCGAGCUUCGGGACGGUACUACGUUGUACAUCCCAUUCCGUGAGGCGUCCAAGAAUUGGCAAUGGGAUGGGCUCUCCGACUAUAGUCGGCCGCGUAAGCGUGAAGCAGCUUGGCUCAACAUCAAAGCCGGUGAUGACUCCACUAUCAGCUACACGAUGCCCAUGGUUGUCAUCGCAUCCACGUACGAGCCUCUCCUCGAGGUUCACCUCGACACCAUCGCCAUCUCCACAAGUUUGAAUGAUAUACGAAUUCUUACCGCAGAAACAUGCCGCGUUAGAGGCAACAUGACAUCGCCUUAUCAAUGGAACUUCCAACGCGACUGGAAAUUCGCUGUCUUUCUUCGACAGCCUGUUCUCUAUCUGUUGCGCGAGCAUAUCAACAUGCUUACUGAUCUAGGCAAAGAUUGGGCCUCCGGUCCUCCUGCGAGUUUUUCGACUUGGAUCCCUAUGCACUACAUCGUAAGCAUCGAGAUGUCGAACUACGAGCUAAACCUGUAUGCCAAUGAUCACAACAUCAUUGACAAACCACUUGUUCGAGAGGAGAAUGCCCUAUUUACACUCCGUGGGCGGCUCUUACAUAUGAACAACAUACUCCCCUUCACUAAGUAUCGCCCGGAUAGUACCAAUAUCUCUUUUGCCUUGGAGUUUCCCCACGUCGACCUUGAUCUGACCUUGCCCCGGUGGAGUAACCAUAAUGUACCGCCUGCAGAGCCCAUCAAGAAGCUCGCGAGGGUGGGCCUGCUUACUCUUGAAGGGAAUUAUCGCUUUUUCGCGGAGUUGCGUGAGGAGAACAUCGAGCAACUUACUCUUGACCUCGCUAUGCGAGAUGUGACAUACAAGGCGGUGGGAUGGUCUAUUCGCUACUUUAUGACCCUUCAACAAAAUUAUCUCGGAUCAUUUACAACUUUCUCUACGUUGAACGAGUACGUGGACAAGUUCAAGAAGGGAGCCCCCAGGGGCGAUCCUAUCGAGUCAAAGUAUCGUCCAGGGAAGUCUAAUGUAAUGCAGACCGAGCUACACCUCACCCUACAGUCGCUCGUGGUCAUGCUUCCAGCUGGUAUUCCAGGGUGUGAGAAACAGUACUCGGUUCCAGAUCAGGACCACAUCGACGUCGACCUCGGGAAGGGUAUUGUACUGGCCACUCCAGACCUUGAACUACAGCUCCGACUACACGAGCACCUCAUGGAAAUGACCCUCAACAUUGGCUGCAUCUCGGGAUGUGUUCUUGCCAAGAGCUCUGACAGAGCACUGUUCGGUGCGCCGAAGGAGAUCAUGCAAGAGGAGGCGUUCUUCGUUCAGGGGAUCAACAUUCUUGCCAACAGACUGUUCGGUCCGCCUCCACGGACAGCAACAUACGUUUGUAAUUGGGAGAUAGAUAUCGGCGACGUUAAGGGCAGAUUGCCGAUCACGGACUGCAGAGUCUUUUUGGCCUCUACUGACGCGUUUGCCAUCAACUUCGCGGAUCCUCUCGAUUCCCCAGCCCCAGCCUUUGCCCUUCCAGUGGACCAUGACAUAACUUUCCUCAAAGUCUCUGUCGAUAGGAUUGACCUCACCUGCACAGCAGGCUCAGUCGCUGCACAAUUCCUCGCAACUCAGGGAUUCUCAUUCGACAGUAAUGAUCUGUGCGGGAGAUCAUACCGCAACGUCAAGAGCCUACGUGUUCCUAAGGUCCAUCUGAGGAUCUUACAAAGAUAUGGUGGACGUGAUCACUGGAUUGAAGCCGCAGAUUGUGUCUUCGACGUCGCAACAGACAUCUACGGUACACCGUCAGGUUGGAAACAGUCCGGGGAGUCCCAGCGAGCCUUCGUCACAAAGCAGGAUGUCCUUACCGGUCGGACAGAAUUUCUAUAUCGGCCACAGUCAAAGCAACGACGGAUGUACACCCGCGAUGGUCUCUAUGUCGGGCCUCUGUUGCUACCUCGUCCUCGGCGAUCCUUCGCAACGAGUUUCUCAGGCGCAAGGGACAGUACUGGCCCCAAAAAGACCUCGAGCAAACAAGCGACUCAUCUAUUUGAGCCUCACUCUUCUGACUCAGAGGUGGACGAGAGUCAUAUGGAGCCUGACCGACUGCCUUGUCCGAUAACAUCGCAUCCCUUCUUCUCGAAGCCAUCAAUACAGAGCGGCGAUGAGAGUAUGUCCAGCGGCGAUGAGUCAGAUACAGGAGACUUAACCGAACCUGAUAUGUCGGAGACGAGUUGGUCUGAUGAGACGGACGAUGAACUAGCUGCAAGACAGGACUCCCCUGCCCAGGCGUACGCCAACCAUACAAGGCAUUUCACCGCUGAUAGACAACGCCCUUCACGCUGGGUCGCAUCUUCUUUCAAGCUAGUCAAGGAUAAGAGGCUAUUUCCUGUCCCCAACAUUCGCAAUGAUAUCGAUCCUCCGACUUUUGAUCAGAAUGGACAUGAAGGACUGGCCCUUCGUCCGGAAAGCAACGAUGGAUGUGAUUCCAACGCUGUGCGGCUAAGGUGUCAGUCAUUUGAUAUCGUGCUGACGCCCUUAGCUGCAUCCGCGCUUCUUCAGCUCGUCGAGCAUAUGACUUUACUUUCUAUUGGCCCCGAGAUCUUGAUCGACAGUCUUUUGGCACAGCAAAUCCGUAGUGUCUGCAGUCCUCCUCCCCGUCUGCGGCAUACAGCAUUCAGCGUCCAACUUUCGUCAGUCCGUAUACGAUGUUUACAGGUUCCAGACACGAAAGGUUACGGAGAUCAGCUCCCCAGAACUCCCAAGAUAAUUAUCGCAACCAUCUCCGUGAUCGGUCUACAAUCGGAAGGCGAAACUCUACAGGCCGAGGAGAAACUUCGCCGUACCCUUAGCGUGUCUGCCAACAGUGCUCACGUUGUCCUAGACGUCGUUCAUCUGUCAGAGUCUAACACGGAUGUUCCAAGACACAACAUUGAUCAAGCGCUCGAGAUCUCCGUAUCCUCACCGGCACUCUCGAUGAUCUCGCGGAACGUACGAUGCCUGUGGAAGCAUCUCACCAUCAGCUUAGACCAUGCUGCCCCUCGGCAUAUCUUGGCUGUCACAAUGGCACAUUAUCAACCUGUCACCCAAUCCCUCGCAGCGCACAGAGAGCGACAACGGCACUACCACAUGACUGCCCGAGUGCGCAUCCUUCGUCUCCUUACCUGGGCAAAAACGCAUUCGGCAGUCGACCCGUCGUCCACGACACAACCAUCAUUUCUUAUUUCGACCGGAAAGCCAUCUCAGCUUCGCAAAGAUGUUAGGAUCGCCAUCCUCUCCUACCUUCGAAACUGCUUACACUUAUUGGGCUCGAGAUUUGCGUCUAUCUAUGAGGAUCAACGGGAGGCCGAAGAAUCAGUGUCCUUGGACGAACUCGUACUGCUCUUGGAAAGUCGACUGCCGGCCCUUCGGUCGGAGACAGAGGCCAGCCUGCAAUUCAAUCGCGACGUUCUAAACAAGAUUCUACCGCCUUCCCCGAUCGAUAUCACUCCGACGUCCCCUUCCAUGCCUUCUGGAACAAUAGAGAUCGUCUUUGGGAGAGUUACCGUAUCAAUAAAAGACCCGGUGUAUUCACCUCCGUGCGAACUCGCCAUUGGUCCUCUCAAGCUCACCGCCUGCGCGGAAGAACCGGACCUCAUGCAGACACCACCCAUGAAGGGGACCAAGGAUCUCAAGACGACACGCGAUAAGGCUCGUCGCAGAUUGCUCUAUGUUGUGUUCUCACUCACAGCAGACGAUGUCGAAUUGUCGGUCAUGCCUCACAUUCUUGAGUUCGCACAACACCUUGUUCGCUUGCAGCGUAGCAUCGAUGCGCAGAUUGUUGACCAAACACCAUCAUCCGAGUCCCCCUGUCCUCGAGGAGACCCAGAAAUGAUAUAUGCCGACGUGAACGUGUCCCUCAGGCACUUGCGAUUGCAGGCCGCAGCGGAGAGACUUAUCCUCGUAUACGACGCCUCUGCUCUGACCUUCGCUUCAACGGUGACAUUGCGGAGUGUAAUCGGCCCUCCAAGACGUUGGGAUAUCUCCUCCAAUUCAUCGCUGGUCUUCGACUCGAUCUCGCUGGCAGCCCGUUCCGCGAUGGACUCAAACGCACAAGACAUACUAGCAUCAUUCGACAUCAGCCGUGUACAGCUGAAUAGCCUUAUACGCGUGGAACCAGCAGCCAGCAUUAAUGUGCGAGGUACUGUCGACGUGGAUGGAAUACGAUUGUCCGUCCCGCGAAGUGCCAUCCGUCUAGUUAAGUUCGUGGAAGAAUGGCGAGGCGAUUACUUACCAAUCAUGGAGACCACCAUCACCGCCCUCCUGUCGGAGGUGAGACCAACGACUGGCCCAUCGAAACCUGCAACCAAACCCACUCGAUCAUCACAGAAGCGGCCACCUAUUAUCCAGUUACAAGGCACUGUCUCUUCAAUCGGGGUCUUCCUACAUGUCCUGCCCGGGACGUGGCUCUCGUGGGAGGUUUUCAACGUUGUGGCGUACGCUCGAUAUAUCUUGACCAACUCUCGCACAUCAUCCCGAUCUUUUGGCUUGCAAAUUGCCUCGCAACGUAUCAGCAUCACUUCCCUGGACGCUUCAAACAACGAUCCUCCGCUUCAGGGGGAGAGGAUCAAGCUGGAUCUUCCUUCAAUCACCAUUACAGGCCAUUUCGGCGAGCUAGGAAUCAACGCCUUGGUAUCCCUCGGGCUAUUCUAUCUCACAGUGAAGCCGUCAUAUUGGGACACUCUCCUCUCCGUACAGCAGAAAUUUGGCCAAGAUUUCAAUGAUCUCCUGCAUUUUAUCGGAAGCGCUCGUCGAAACGAUACCAUCGCUAUGCCCGUCUCGAGAUCGCCGCCGUCCCUCCCUUUUGGGCUUCACACUGUUAUGUUCCGCCUCCAAGGGUUCCAGGUAGGGUUAGAAGGACAUGCCUCUACGGUCUACUUGGAGUGCCAAAACAUCAGCGGUGGUUUCAAUACAGAAGAUCGACGUGUUUGGCACACGAACGUCACAGGGCUUGCGCUAUCACUGUCGACUCUGGCUGCCGUUCGCACAGAUCAUGACACAUUCAACAGAAACAACAGAUCCGUCUUUCUCGUCAUGGACGUCAUCCUGCAGGUGGAUGCGCUGCGUAGUAGUGAGAAGAUAUUGUCCGUCAAUAUCACGAAGGUUCACGCCGUCAUGCAGCCUAGCUCAAUCGGAGAGAUUGGAGAUUUCGUUGAUCAUCUACAGGCUGAAGUGCUGAUGCAAAAAGACGAACGCGCACGCGAGCUCUCUGACUUCAAGGAGAAGACAAGGAAUGUCAUGCGAACCUUUGAAGUCAAGGCUCGGGAUAUCGGGACGGACGACGGCCAUCCUUCGUUCCUUUCAGAAUACGCUGUCACGGUCACCGUUCAAAACAUCGGUGCUGCGUUCCCUUUGGCUCUGGACCAGACUCUGGAAUUACCUCACGGCAAGACCUCUCAUGACCAUAUGGCGGUUCAAGCAUUUUUGUUUUCCAUAAAGUCGCUCGUCUUCACUGCCGAACGCAGCGGCAGCGGUCACGCCAAUAUGCAAGGAUUUUCUUUCCAAUUUGUCGAUAGAUUCAGGCAAUCUGUUACCUCUGAUUUUGGUGGCGACAAUCAUUUCGCUAGAAACCGUCUGCUGUAUCCCGAGAUGACGGUACAAAUCCGCUCCGAGCAAUCCACUACUUCCCGUCGUCUACGCAUCGGUGCCAACGUCAGUGGCUUUAUUCUCGACCUCGACUCGACAAUUCCAGAUUAUGUAUUCUCCCUUAUCGACGUCUAUCGACGAGGUAAAGAGCGACUCGAGAAGCUCGCACUGGGUCUGCCUCGUGACCGAGGCGUUUCGGACUCGGCGAAGACUCCCUCCAUCGGAUCGGAAGCGCCACACCGCUCGCUGCCUACCUCAAAUAUCAUUCUGUCCUUGAUGUUUAUGAGUGGCAAGGUUCGCAUGCAUGGAGAGACGAGGCCAAUGGCCACGAGAACUCGGUCGUUCCACGACACACCUCACGGCGUCUCUUCUUCAUUAGGCGGUGAAGUGUUCAACUUGCCAGAGGUCACUGUAUGGGGUGAAUACCGCGCGAGCGUGAUCUCUCACGGCGAAGGUCCCAUGGAAGAGACACUCCCAUCUAGUCUCAUGAUGAAGAGUACGGUGCAUUCCAGCGAAAACACUCUUCGACCUUCUCUGUUACCGUUUCUGGCUGCGUUGGUCCAUCGAGUCGAAGAGCGAAUGCGUACGGCAAGCUGGCGCCACGGACCCUCCACAUCGCUAUCCCGAGAAUCAAAGCUUGUUAAUCCCUCGGAGUCGCGCUCUGAAUCUUCUUCCAGUUCCACGGCAAUUCAAAUCACGUUCGCCCUUCGAAUAGAUCAAUCAAAGCUACAAUUGACCUGUCAGCCAGAUGUCAAUGUCGUCGCAGGGAUCAAUUGGGAUAGUGGGGGGUUCGUUGUCAAUGUUGCCUCUCACACUCGCCAAGUCUCUUUCAUGGGUAACGUGGGGGGUCUGACGAUUGGUCUGAAGCACGGGUUCCUCAGUGAAGAUUGUGUUCGCCUUGAUGCUCGUGAUCUGACGUUUUCGGUGACCUUCUCCAAGCACGAGAACAGCGGAUUAGAGAAUGCAUCCAGCAGUGUCUCGGUGGUACUGGAUACCGAAGUCUCGGGUGGUGUCCGAUUUUCUCGUUUACAGGACGUUCUUUGCUUCAAGGCCGUUUGGUUGGAUCGAAUACCCGUCUUCUCGGCCAGCUCACCGUCGCCUUACGAAGCAUCGCCAAGGCCGACACAUUCAUCAACAACCCCCGCACCCCCAAAGCAAGAACUCGCAACCGCUAUCCUCAUCAGAGUCCGUCGCGUCGCAGUAGAGGUGGACCUGGGCCAAUCUAUCUCUUUUAUCGCCUGCGACAUACGAGAUAUCAGCGUACGCACCAAGCUACACGACAAAGCCUCAGAGCUUUCAUUAUCGGUCGGGGAUAUUGGUCUGAAGGCCACGGGUAAUAUAGCAGGACGGGCACAUCUUCCUAGCUUCCUCUUCGAAACUGUCCGUAGGACCUAUGCCGGUCAGGCCGAAACCUACACCGGGCCAAGGAUGUUGGAUUUAUUCUUGAAGAGCGGAGCUCUGGAGGUAGUCCUCGAGUCAGAUUAUCAGAAAAUACUGCAACUAUGGGCAGAGCCGUUCGAGGUCGUCAUCUUCGAUGAUUGGUCCCAAAUCGCCCAGAGUAUCCCCCUGGAAAACCGCCGUCUGCGUCUUUCUUUCCUGGUAUCGGGUGCUGCGCUCCUCGUUGUCGCCACCGUGGGCACAAUUCCGAAGCUUGUCUCCUACUCUUCAAGGUUCAUGGCCAACCUGCAAGCCCAGCGGGAAGGAGCAAGUCGCGAAUCAAAGGCGUUCCGUGUCACUCAAUCACCGAAACCUGACAACCCACUCUCCGCAGUCGCGAACGCGAUGAUCGUUUCAGCGGGUACGAAGUUCAAAGAGGCAGACACCGGCGUGUCGUAUGUCAUACGACAAGAGAUGAAGUUCAGUCUGAAGACCCUUCGAUUGAUAGUAUUCCCGCGCAACAUGUCCGACUUUGAAGCCGCACGGUUCACUGUCCGCGAUGUUCAGGCUACCCUCACCCGCCUCGUGGAGUCCGACCAGAUCCCGGCUACACGGGAGUUACGCUUGGCUUUCUCCGCCAUGAACACGUCUCGAUUGACACAACUCAAUCACGCUGCCAGUACGGUGAAUAAGCUCUCCGAUGGGCAAGGUUGGCUCGCAGAACUCCUACGGAACGCACAUGAAGCAAGUAUCUUCGACAUGCCAUCGAUGACCAUUGUGAUGAAGACAGACGAGACGACUGAGCACAGGACGAAGGUCAUCCAUUACGACUUCGAUAGCAGAUUCGUCAGAAGUGAGGGCUUGAAAAACCAUGAAGACAUCUACAUCACUCUCAACGUUUCGCUGUAUUCUUGGCUCACUCUGCUUCGCAAGAACCUCUCGAGAGAGAUGGACCAGGUGCAAGGCUCCAUGGACUGGCGCGCAGCUCCACCUUCAUUCGCUCUGGCCCCAAUCCAACCGUCCAACAAGCUAUCGUCUCCAGCGGAGGGAUCGCGCCCCGACCUUCAUACCACAUCGCUUUCUCCUGUAGUCCGUUCGCCUUCUAUCGAUAUCACAUCUGCAAACAUGGCCAAGAAGCUUUCGUCCACGUCAGUCCACCCAGAUGAGCAGCCAAGCUCAGACGCUACGCUUGCGUCCGCCGGUCACCGUCCACCUUCUCCCAUUUCCCCAGAAGACAAGGACCUGCCUACAAAGUCCGGUGCAUCAUCUCCGGCCUCGGAGAGUCCAGCUUUGACAGACCGAACACCCAGCAUCGCGGGCGAAACUCACCCUACCGUCGUCUAUCGCGCGCGCAAACGCUAUAUCGAACGGCUGAACAUGCGCCAACUGGGCGAGGCCACUCCAGAUGUCAUGCAUCCGUUCUUUAUGAAGAAGGCUGGGUUCAACUUGGAGGACUCUCUUCCGCAAUAUGUGCACGAGUAUGCGACAACGCCAGUGGAGGAGAUCAUCCGCGUACUGUUACAAUUGUACAGCAAACAACUGAACACUUCGCAACGUUUACCGUCACAGGAAUACGAACCUGAACCAUGACACUUUCGUAUACGGUCUAUACGUCGAUACGCUUUAUAUUUAUACCGAAG